AUGGCGUCGCCCUCGCAGGACAUGCCGCCCAAGGGCGGGUUCUCGUCGAUCCGGUACGAGCGGCGUCUUCCCAAGCGCGGACCCAGCGGCGUCGGUAUGUUUGCGAUUGCCGGAGCAAUCAUGGGCUACGGGUGGUACAAGCUGUACCAGGGCUUGGACGAGAGACGCGAGCUGGACCGCGAGAAGAUCUGGGCGCGCAUCCACCUGACACCGAUGCUGAUUGCCGAGGCAGAUCGCGAUGAGUACCGCAGAAAGCUUGCGGCGCUGGAGAGGGAGCGCGUUAUUAUGAAGGAUGUCCCUGGAUGGGAGGCUGGGAAGAGCGUCUACCAUGGCACGCGCUAUGUUCCCGAUGUCAUUGCGAAUGUUCCGAUCCAUCAGCAGCCCGGGUUCAAGAAGGAAUAG